AUGGCGCUGUCGGAUGAGGUCCCGGAAAGGAUUAGGAACGGCUCAGGGAUGAAAGCCCCCACCUCAUCGGCGCCCAAAUCACGCCCACAGGAUAUCCCGACGCCUCGCUCAAUGGGUCGAACUGUGGGCGGGUUGACGAAGCAGAGAUGUUAUCCCUAUUUUCCAGUACUCGGAGCGUGGACGUGCUGGGUGGCAGCGACCCUGUGGCAUCACGCGUGCCCCUCAGCGGCCUUGGGGGCACCUCUUCUGGGCCCUGACGUCAUGAGCUUCGAUUCGCUCCCCCCCCUGACGCUGUGGCACUCGCCGGUCUUGCCCGCGGUGCCCCUGCAGGCUGGUCUUCCCGCUCCCAAGGGCGCCGUCUUCGAUGGGCCGGACCCGGGGCUCAACGCGGCCAUUAUCACCGUACCCACCGAGUCGUGCCCGAGUGGGUAUCGUCGAGAUUUUAACGGGGUUUGUCGCCUCAAGUUCGGCUACGGACCCAACCCCUUCUACUCCUUCACUCCAGAGAAUUUCAAGGGGGACGUGCAGUUCUAUAUGGGCCUUCAGGUCGGCGGUCCGCAGCCGGGCAGAAGACGAGGGCGUGGGCGUGGGCGGCCGCGUCCCGUCGCCAUCCCGCCUCCAGUCGUUGCCUUGGACGACGACGACGACUAGAAGCAUCUGGAAUAAGGAGAUUUUCCGUCCAUUGUUUUAUUUUCUUUUAUUUUUUAUUUAUUUUUUUUCAUUUGUAUUUUAUGUAGAAAUUGCGAUUGUUUUUUGUUUUUUCAUUUCGUAUUUCUUUUACGCUGGCUUGUGAGGAUGUUCCGGUGCUUAGACUGGUUUUCCGAGGUUGAGAAAAAUAAGCUUAGUAAGGAAGGAAGAAGAAUAAACAAGAAAGAGGCAAGUUGAGAAAGGAUGCCGAUAGAUGGCGCUGAUACAACGCCGCUGACGUCACAUGUCACCAAGAACGCUAUGAUAUUAUCUACGAGUUGCCAAGAGGUGUUUACGGUGUUGCUUACGCCAUCUGUGGGUGGUCGACGCAACUAAUUUUCAUAACACGAGGAUACCAGUGCAAAAUAUUUACGUUUCUUACACUACAUUUUCCGUAGUACAUCUUUCCUAUUGUUUACUUCAGUUUAAUUUUUCAUUUUUCAAACUUAUUCAUCCCUAAAAAAGUUAUUUUUCAGUUUGAUUAUCCUUCUUUUGCACCGUGUUAUACUGUACCCUUGCGGCAUUAUGAAGCAGUGCAGCGAAAAGUGACGUAUUUCUAAUAUAGCAUAAUUUAUUAAUCUGGCGACUGCUUGAUGUAUUGGGGAUUUGUACAGUAGAUAAGUUUUCAUACGAAUGAAAUACACGACAGAUGCAUUUUAGUAUUAGAACUGUGAUAUGGUAAAAAAAAAAAAAAUGGGCAUUAUUUUUGAGUACAGAGGAGAAUAAUGUACCCAAGUCCGCUAUUUUGAAUUCAGUAUUUUUGUAUUUUUUUUUAGUGUGCCAAGAAUAACUAAGUGUGAUACAGCAAGUGAGAUCUGAAACCCAAUCAUAGACUAUGAAAUUAAAUUACAUUUGCCCUGUAAAGUCCUUCAUUUAUUUCAUCAUUUACAUUUCUCAUAGUGAUUACUAUAACUGAAACAUAUGAAAGUGUAAUUAAAUGCAUUAUAAUCAUAGUCAUUAUAAUAUUAUCUUAGGAAAGUCGCAGACCAUUCCCGUAUUUUGGUAAAUAAUCCAAAUAUGGUAAUGAUUACAUGUAGAUACUCUUAGCUGUAAAUAUAUUUUAAAAACUCGAGAAAAAAAUAUAAGAAAGCCAGCAAUAAAUGUCCGCUUUUACCUAUGUCUGGGGUUUUGUCUUGUACUGUGUUAUACGUGUGAUAAAAUAUAAGUAACCGCACUGACUGUUGUAAUUA